CUGGUGCUUGGUCCUCCUCCUCCACUUGUUCCUUGCAGUCCUGUCGUCUGUCGGUCAUCCUUCCUGCUAAGUGCUAACCACGCACAAGAUAGAAGAUAGAAGGGAGGAGUUCUCUAUCCUAGUAUUUUACCUACCAAACCUCCUGCUCGAUCUGCUCUCCCUCAUCCACUCAAUUCCUUCGAUCACUCAAUUCGAUCCAUGGAUGCUCACCGGCGGCAGAGCAGCAGCAGCACCACCACCGGUGGUGGUACUAAUAAUAAUAAGACGGCUGAGCUCGACCCUGUGCUCCACUCGAUCGGCUUCGAGAUCGAGGAGGUGUCGCCGUCGCAGCUGACGGGCCGGCUCCCCGUCACCGGCAGGUGCUGCCAGCCCUUCAAGGUGCUCCACGGCGGCGUCUCCGCCCUCGUCGCCGAGGGCCUGGCCAGCAUGGGCGCCCACAUGGCCUCGGGCUACCGCCGCGUCGCCGGAGUCAGCCUCAGCAUCAACCACUUCCGCAGCGCCGCCGUGGGGGACGUCGUCCUCGCCCGCGCCGCCCCAGUCCACGUCGGACGCUCAACCCAGGUGUGGGAGGUGAAGCUGUGGAAGGAGGACCCGUCGGCGCCGGGGAAGCAGGGUCCUCAGAUCUCGGAGUCGAGGGUGACGCUGCUCUGCAACCUACCCGUGCCGGAGAGCCUCAAGAACGCCGGCGACGCGUUCAAGAAGUACGCAGCCGCCAGCAGCAGCAGAUUGUAGAUGCAUGCAUGUAUGUAUGUAUGAUGUACAUCGCAUUGUAGUAUGUACUCGGUCGAUCGAUGAUGGGUCGAUAUGACGAUGAUGCAUCCAUCUGCUUCAAUAAUUGUAGCUAUUAUUGUCCGGCCGGCGAUCGAUCCGAUUCCAGCCAGAGCCAGCUAGCUGUU